AUGGCAGACCUCCUCCGAGAAAUCAAGGCGAAGUGGAACCCCGAGCCACUGCCUCCGCGCGGCACCUUCGACGGUCAAACUGUCCUCGUCACUGGUGGAACGAGCGGCCUCGGUCUCGCUACCGCGAAACACUUUGCGAGCCUCGGAGCUGCCAAAGUAAUCAUCACCUACCGCAAUAAACCUCGAGCUGAAACAGCCAGGCAGCAGAUCGAGGCUGCCGCACGGGCUGCUGGGAGUGAACAGGUAGUGAUCGAGAUGAUGGAGUUGGAUCUCACCCGAUAUUCGUCGUGCAUUUCCUUCGUUGAUGAGCUCGUGCGCCGAACGAACGGCAUUGAUAUUGCGAUACUCAAUGCCGGCACGUUUAAUCCGGAGUUUGUUAUGAGUCCCGAGGGCUGGGAAGAAACAAUCCAAACAAACACACUUUGCACCUCACUGAUCGCCAUUCUUCUCAUAAAGUGGAUGAAAGCAAUACGACAAAACCGACAGUCUCCAGCAAGCCUCGUCAUAGUAAGCUCAGGUCGGCAUCUAACUCCAGAUAUUUCCCAGUGGCCUGAGUGGGAGAAACGUGACGGGGGUAUCCUGUUGCACUUCAAAGACCCGUCAAACUGGCCUUCCGGUGGUGGCCCGGACGCUAUGUAUGCUACCAGUAAGCUGCUGUUGAUGUACGCUUUUGAAGAAAUCUGCAAACUAGCUGUUGAUGAAAAGGGAGAACCUCAGGUCAUCCUCAAGAGUGUUUGUCCGGGAAUCUGCAACACAGACCUGCAGCGAACCCUAAAGAAGCGAUCUCUCGUUGCUAGAAUGGCGAUACCUAUACUCAUGAGCAUUGUUGGAAAGUCGCCCGAGCUUGGAGGGAGGUACUUAUUAGACGCGGCUUUGGCGGGGCCUGAGAAACAUGGGAGAUUCAUUCGCUUCUAUCUGACGGACGAGGAAUUCCGCGUGUAA